CCAAACAAAAAAGUCCAUUGCUCCCAUCGAUCGUCCCCUCCCUCGACCCCCGAAUCGCUCGCCGCCCCAGAGACAGUGCUUCAUGGGAAUUUUCCUACCGCAACCGGGGGUCGCAACCCACACCCCCGAUCCAUAAAUCCAAGGCCGUCAUACCUAAACAAACGAAUGAUCGAAUUCGGCUUCGGACAGUUCGGGAUCCCUUUGAUAAUCAGCUGUGGUUUAGCCACCACGUGGUCUGCGCGUGAACAGAACGCGUCACGUGACGUCUUUGCAUGGGAUCGAUGAUGGGAUGGAAUUCCGUCCAAAGUCGACCGGCCCAGAGAGACGAACCGAGUCGCUAAGGUCUGAACCGGUCGGUCGUUCGAGCAAGUAAAGUGCCCUCACGUGAGAUGAGUUGGCCAGUACCAUGUUCGCGGAAACAAAGAAAAUGGUCCCUCCAGAUGGCGGAUGGGGGUGGGUCGUCGUCAUAGGAGUCAGCGUCGUCAACUUAUGCACGAGAUCGAUCGAACCAUCCUUCGGUUUGUUGUUCGGCGACUUACUGAAAGACCUGGAGGUUGAGACGACCGGGGCGGCAUUGAUUAUGAGCACCCUGGACGCCCUCAUCAACUUUUCGGGACUUUUCGUAGGACCCUUAAUUCGUGCCUUUUCUUAUCGUAAAGUCUCGCUUGUCGGUUCGGCUCUUUGCGCCCUAGGGUUGAUCCUCACUUACCCCGCCAACAGUAUGGCGCACAUCCUUGCUACGUACAGUAUUAUCAACGGUUUAGGUGUAGGUUUAACCGCAUCGUCUACUUUCGUCGCCCUCAACAAUUACUUCGUGAAGCGUCGCGGUCAAGCCGUCGGUCUCUCUCUUGCCGGUACGGCCUUCGGUAUGAUGUUAAUGCCGCAAGCCGUCAAAUUCCUUCUGGAGGCGUACGAUUUUCGAGGAACGAUUUUGAUUUUGGGAGCUUUCGCACUUAACGCCAUCGUCGGAUCGACGCUCCUGCAACCGGCAAAGUGGCACUUCGUCCCGGAGUUCAAAGACGAAGAAGAGGCGUACCAUCAGAGAAUAUCCUUCUUUUUCGAUUCUAAUGAGGAAAUGGAGACCAUCAAGGAAACUGACGACGAAGACCUAGAUCUACACGAGGCUAAAACUCUAAUCGAUACCAAAGGCAUGUCCGAAUUGGCCGUGAGGACCUUGGAAGAAUUGACCAAGCCCGGACUGGCGCGCAAAUCGACUUUUCCUCGCAACUUCUCCACAAUGAGCUUCUCCAACAACAAGCGCCGCAAACCCUCCCAGGACUCCAUAGUCUCCAGCUACUCCCGGUUGGAUUUCACCGGUUCUAGUCUUCAGCUUCACUUAGAGCAAACCGAGUCCGACUUGAGCGCCUCCUCCUCGGCGCACCUCCGCCGUAACAUGUCCUACCCCGGCGUCCAGUUGACCUCCCACAAGAAAAUCCUAGCCGAAUUCGCGCGCUCGCCGCCGCGCUUCCGCCCGCAGAAGAAAAAGAACGUGUGGCAGAAGAUCGUCACCUUCAUGGACUUCGAUCUGCUGAAAGACCCGAUCUACCUUAACCUGGUCUUCGGGCUGUCGAUCUUCUACGUCGCCGAGCAGAACUUCAAGAUGGUAACGCCGUUCUUCUUCAACAGCAUCGGCUACGGGAAGUCGGACGUCGCUCUAUUUUUAUCCGUCCAAGCGUUCACCGACAUUCUGGCCAGGCUGAUCCUGCCGCCCAUCUGUGACAGGAUCAACGUGUCCAAGCGGACGCUCUUCAUGACCGGGAUUUUUGUUUUGGGUAUCUGCAGAUCAGUCCUCGCUGAACAGACCGAUUGGACUAUGAUUAUGGUUUGGUUGGUAAUUUGUGGCUUCUUCAGGGGCGCGGCCCUCAUCAAUUUUACUAUCACUAUAUCUGAGUAUUCGUCGCUAGAGAAAUUGCCGGCGGCCUUCGGACUACACAUGGUGGGAAAGGGGCUUUUCGUAGUCGCCAUCGGGCCCCUCCUAGGAAUCAUAAGAGACACGACCAAGAGCUUUCCGAUUUGUCUUCAUUCGCAGACUUGUCUUAUUUUCAUUUGCUGUGUGGCUUGGAGCAUCGAAUAUGCUUUUAGGUUUUUCAGAACAAGGAGCGUCGAAUCGGACACGGAUACGACGACCACAUGACAAACGGAUCUCGACUGUCAGAGUCGCUGAAGGUGGAAAGAAGAAGGAACAAGAAGAGAAACUUUAGUUUAAUUUUUUUUCAAGUCGGGUUUUUUCUUUUGUUUCGGAAAAGGCUGUUUAUUUGUAUUCUCGAGCCUUGAAACGACCUUUUAUGAUAUUCUCAGUGUGAUACGAUUAGGUUUAAUGAGACUGAAUCUGUGAGUAUAGUGUUCCAUAAGAUACUAUUGCUAUAAGAUACUAUCAUUGUACUCUACUUCAUGUAGACCAAUUUGUAUAUAGUUUUAAUGACUUAGUAGAUCCAGAUGUAUUAAUGACUUUUGAUCAAUGGUUUUUAUAUAAAAGAAAUAAAAUGAGUGAAAUUUA